AUGGAGGCGGGGCAGCCCUUGAAGUCCAGUGCCCCUGCUUGGGGCAAGAAGCGGACAAAAAGGUAUUUGGAGACAGUGUGGCCCCGGAGCUAUUGGAACACGGGACCUGUACGCUUCGAGCCGCGAUGCUACCGGUCAUCAUUGCCACCCAGGACAGGCAAAAGUCGCCGUCCAGCUCGGGUGCGCACUGCAUGGGAGGACGACAUGAAGCCCAAAAGCGAAGCCGGAGCAGUUUCGGCCCGGGUCGGUGCGGCAACAGUGGUGCCUCUGGAGACCGAUACCCAGAGUGAGUCCAGCAGCUCAAAGGAUUCGCAAGAGGAGGUCCCUCUGUGUCACACAAAGUUGCCACAGUGGUACUCCGACAUCGAUUGCUGCAACGAUGAAAUCCUGCUGUUGAAGGACAAGCGGAGGCAGGAGGUCUACGGCAAAAUGGAACAGCUUGGAUCGCUAAAACUCAUCUGGGCCCAGACGAAGGGCUCGGAGAGCUUCCGCUACGCGGAUCUCCU